GAGAAAUGUUUGAAAUCAAGGAGGACAGAUAGAGGAUCGGGGCAGAGGCAGAGGGGACAGAGAGGCAGGGUGGGAGGCCACAGCGGCCCAGUGGGAAGCGGCCCGUGUCUGGUCAGGAGCCUGACAGCAGGGAGCUGGCCACUCUGGACAGGCAGGAGAGAAUGCGUCUCUCCAAAGCCCUUGUCGACAUGGAGAUGGCCGAUUACAGCGCUGCCCUGGACCCGGCCUACACAACGCUGGAAUUUGAGAAUGUGCAGGUGUUGACCAUGGGCAAUGAUGCAUCUCCAUCUGAAGGUGUCAACCUCAAUGCCCCCAACAGUUUGGGUGUCAGUCCCAUGUGUGCCAUCUGUGGGGACCGUGCCACGGGCAAGCAUUAUGGAGCCUCCAGCUGCGAUGGCUGCAAGGGCUUCUUCCGCAGGAGCGUGAGGAAGAACCAUAUGUACUCAUGCAGGUUUAGCCGCCAGUGUGUGGUGGACAAGGACAAGAGGAAUCAGUGCCGUUACUGCAGGCUGAAGAAGUGCUUCCGGGCAGGAAUGAAGAAGGAAGCCGUACAGAAUGAGCGGGACCGGAUCAGUACACGGAGAUCAAGCUAUGAAGACAGCAGUCUCCCGUCUAUCAAUGCCCUCCUGCAGGCUGAAGUACUCUCCCAGCAGAUCACCUCCCCCAUCUCAGGAAUCAACGGGGACAUCCGGGCCAAGAAAAUUGCUAAUAUUGCUGAUGUAUGUGAAUCCAUGAAGGAACAGCUUUUGGUGCUGGUGGAAUGGGCCAAGUACAUCCCUGCCUUCUGUGAACUGCCCCUGGAUGAUCAGGUGGCCCUGCUUAGGGCUCAUGCUGGAGAGCACUUGCUGCUGGGGGCCACCAAACGGUCCAUGGUCUUCAAAGACGUGUUGUUGUUAGGCAAUGAUUACAUCGUCCCACGACACUGCCCCGAACUGGUGGAAAUGAGCCGUGUGGCAGUCCGCAUUCUGGACGAGCUGGUGCAGCCCUUCCAGGAACUCCAGAUCGAUGACAACGAAUACGCCUGUCUGAAGGCCAUUAUCUUUUUUGACCCAGAUGCCAAGGGGUUGAGCGACCCUGGUAAAAUCAAGAGGAUGCGGUCACAGGUGCAGGUGAGCCUGGAGGACUACAUCAAUGACCGGCAGUACGACUCCCGGGGUCGCUUUGGAGAGCUGCUGCUGCUGCUGCCCACCCUGCAGAGCAUCACCUGGCAGAUGAUCGAGCAGAUACAGUUCAUCAAACUCUUUGGUGUGACCAAGAUCGACAACUUGCUGCAGGAGAUGCUGCUGGGGGGGUCUUCCAGCGAAGCCCCCCACACUCACCACCCCUUGCACCCUCACUUGGUGCCAGAAAACAUGGGCACCAAUGUGAUAGUCGCCAAUACCAUGCCUGCCCAGAUCAGCAAUGGACAGAUGUGUGAGUGGCCCCGUCCUGGGUGGCGGACAGCCACUCCUGAGACCCCACAGCCUUCUCCGCCCGCCAGCUCAGGGCCUGAGCCCUACAAGCUACUGCCAGGAGCCAUCGCCACAGUGGUCAAGCCUCCCUCAGCCAUCCCUCAGCCCACCAUCACCAAGCAGGAGGUCAUCUAACGGGGGUUGGAGGGCUGGGGGAGGCCAGCCAGACACUGCCCUCCCCAGCCUGGCUCUGCCCUUCCCAACCUCCAGAGGGUCCAGCUCCCUCAGAACUCCUAGCACUCUUGGUGAAAUAGGACAACAGUGGUCCUACCCUGGGACCGUAAAGGCACAAUGGGGAGCCAGGGCUCAGACGGGGGGCUCCAACUGCCGACUUACGUGCCUUCAUGCCAUCUUUCUCCUCCUCUUUUGGGGGACACUUAGGGAGAUUAGGAAGUCACCUUGGGUGAGACUAGUUGUUUCACAAUACUUUCUCCCCACCCGACCAGUUUCCUCCUCUCCUGACUCCCCACAUCUGCUGCCAUCUCUUCCUCUUGGGAUCUUUCUAGAACCACCAGUUAGGAAUCCACCCUGCCUUCCCCUCUGGAGACUAAACACCCUGAGACUCAGUGCCCUUUGGGGAGAGCAUGGUCCGGGCCAGGACUCUCUCUGCCUACUCCCACUGCCAUCCCAGUCCCAAUGUCCCCAAGAACUUUUAUUCAAAAGAAAAUUUCCUCUCCAGGCUGAAAAAGUCUCAGAGACUGAAUUUGUGAUAGUUCAAUCAUUUGACAAACUUUAUGAAGCAUCUGCUGGACCAAGCUCUGUGCCAAGCACUGUGUGGAACACAGACGAAGAAGACUCAGCCCCUAUCCUUAAGGGGGGGGGGGGGAAGCUAGCUGAGAAGACAAGAAACAAAGACAUAAAACAAGUAGAGAACAAUUCAAGACAAUAAAAAUGUAGUAGGAAUCCAAGAGAAGGAAAAGAUUCACUGUGGAUUGGGGGGUAUCUCAUCGGGGUUCACAGACAAGAUUUGGGAUUUGUGGAGACAAAUAGGGGAGAUGUUUCCGUUGGAGGGAAAGCCUGAACAAUGGUACAGAGCUGGGAAUCAGUCCCAUUUGCGGUGAGCCCAAGUGUAUUCAGAUACAGUAAGUCGUGGCCUUAGGCAAGGUAGUUGAUGGAAAGCCUUGAAAGUCAAUAUAGAUUUGAUUUGUUCAUGUUGUGGGCUCUUCAGCCAAGGAGGGGGAAAGGUUAUUCUCAAUUCAAAGGAGUUCUCAGGGCAAUAAAGUCAGUGAUUUCUCCCUGCCAUGCUUUUAAGCCCCUCAUCAUAGAGGACAAAAAUUGGUUUCCCUCUUGAAUUCUGACCCAUCCUAGGGCUAAAUUGGCCUCAAAUCCAGGCUGAAAUCCAUAAUUGUUUUCUGCCAACUCAUUCUCUUUUCAGAGAAUUCUGGGAUGGCAAAUCAGCAGGCUUGUCCUAAGAAGUCUCCUGGGGCUUCCACUCUCAGAGGUGGGAGGGGAAGUUCCUCUGCAGGUGCUGUAAUAGGAGAGACAUUUACAGGACCAAGCCCCCAGGAAGAGGCUAUUGACUAGUGAGAACUUAGUCCAAAGCUAGAGAUCAAUAGAAAGGUAACUUCUAAAGUGGUUCCCUCUUCUUUAAGGAACAGCCUUUCAAAGGAUCUCAGAAUGUCAGAACUGGAAGAGACUUUAAGGAUGAUGGAUCAUCAAGCCCAAUCCCUUCCUCUUAGAGAAGAGCAACGGCCCCAGACAGGAUAAGAUCACACAUGGAGUCAGUGGCAGAACCCCCCUGCUUCAAAGACAAAAAAUCCUUGCAGUAGCCAAGAUUGCAAACAGAGGUAGCCACAGCUCAGCUCUGAAAUUUUCAGGUUCCUCUGCCUUCUUGGGGCUCCAUCCUCCUUUCAGGUCCACCCUUCAGGAAUCUUGAAAGGCACCAUGUUCUGCUGCUUUCUGCUCUCUAGGGAAUGGACUCCAAGGUGCUUUCUAUAGAUAAGGCAGUUUGAGGGAAGUUCUAUCUACCACUUGGUCCACAAAUGCCAACAUUAAAUCUUCAUGCCUUUGGAUUUUUUGUAUCUUCCAGAGCCACCUCUUAAAAUCCAAGGCUUCGAAAGAGAGGAGGGAGUGUACCAAACACCAGUUCUAACAAACAAUAAUUUGCUGCAUAUGGAAAAGUCCCAGGUUGGGGAGAAUCUCCUGAUAAAGACUAACCCCUUAUUAUCUCCAGUCUUUACACUUCUUCCCUCCCUCAAGCUUCCUGAGUUCCACUAAGGCCACACUGGGAAAGCAAAAUGUCAAGGAAAGGUGGAUGAUUGGCUUGGUUUAUAAUCCCCUUGAUUACUGUUCUCUGUAGGACCAAAUUUGGACAAAUAUUCCUGGGUAUGGUCUGAUGUAUCUGGGCAUUUGAAUCUCUUUGGGUUUGGAAGUGAAUAUAUAUAUAUAUAUAUAUAUAUAUAUAUAUAUAUAGAAAGAAGAUUCAAUAACUGAAGUCAUUUUAGGGAGUGGAGAUAAGGUAGAAUCCAAGCUGCCACCAUUCCCCUCAAACCUGAUCAAUGGGCUUUCAUGCAAUUGUGGGUCUAGGAAAAGAGGACAUCACCUCUCCUGUGGCUGUCCUAAUCUCAGGAUUCUUAUGAGGUGGAGUGGAAAACUCUUUGGCACUUCCCAAGCAGGGUUGCACACCAGGAUUUGUACCAUUCCCCACUUUCUUAGUGGCCCUCUCAGAAGGGUACUUCUAGAAGUCAAGAGGCACUGUGAAAGUUGGCAACAUUGUAAUGGCAAAACCAAUCAUGUUCGCUAAAUUAUUCUGUAAUUUGCCUUGAUCAGCUGUAAUUGUAUAAUUUCAAAUAAUUCCAAACCCCAGGGUCACUGCAGUGUUCCAGUCAUUAACGCAUUUUCCUUUCUUCCCUCAAAAAAUUUCUAGGGGAGAGGAGAAUGGGGGCUUGGGAAACACUGAUGGGUUAGGACCAAACCUUCCCAACCAUUCCCACUGCCAUCAUUGCCAACCAGUAGGGAAAGAACAUUUCUUAGCCCUAGUUUGUAUUUCUUAAAAAAAAUGUUUUUUAACCUUCAAAAUAAAUGCCAAGGAUAUUUUCUAACUCGUCCUAGAUGAACGGUUUUCCCUUCUUUCUCAUAAACUCAUAGAACAUUAGAUUUGGAAGGUACCCUAGAUCAUAGAAUAAAUAGAACAAAUAUCACAAAAUGGCAGAGUGGGAGGAACCUUAGAACAGAGACUAUUAAGAGUCAGAAGAUACAUCUAAUUCAAUCCUUUUAUUUUACAAAUGAAGAAACUGUGGUUUGCCCAGAACUGUACAACAAAUUAGAAGCAAACCUGAGACUAGAAUCAUACAGUCUUGUAGUCAGAGGAUACUUCUUAGGUCAUCCAGUUUAAUCUCUCACUCAAUUCAGAGCCAUUAGCUUUUCCACUAAGGGAUCACCCAAAUUCUGCUGAAAAACACUGUAAAUGAUGGGAAGCUUACUACCUAUUGCACUAUUUUGUUCUAUCAUGGGUCAACUAUUAUUGUUUGUUCUUCCUGAAAAUGAGCUGGAAUUUGCCUCCCUGUAACUUUCACUCAUUGAUCCAAACUCUGGGCAUCAUUUGGAACAAAUUUUCUUUCUCUUCCCAUUACUAACCCUUCAGUAAUUUGAAGAUAGUGGGCUCAUCUCCACUAACCCUAGAUCUUCUUCAAGCUUAAUGCACUUUGGCUAGACAAUAAGUCUGGGUAAUUCAGACCAAAAAAAAAAAAAAAGUUACAUAUGGUUAUACAGACCAAUGACAGGGAAUGCCAUUUUCCAAUCAUUUAGUUGAAAAUAACCAAUUUUGUUAUUUUUUUAAUGACAGCAUUAUUUAGAAUUUUCUAUUCUAGCACUGGAAGAAUCUUAUUUCAUCCUGAAUUUGCCUGUGAAAGUAAAUUUAUUUUUUUUUCCUGGUGGGAAAUGUGUGUAUGUAUGCGCAUAUGCAUUUGUGUGUUUAUGUCUGUAUGCUGGUGGAGAAUUCAGUGAAAGGGGGUCCAGGGAGGAUUGAAGUGUAGGUGGGGUUAACUGUUUCAACACUCUUUAAGGGAGUACAGGAUUCUUGCCUCAACUACUGAACACAUCAUCCAAAAUGCAUGGGGGAAAAAUGGCAAGGGUAGCAUGGAUACAUUUUACAAAAGCACAUAUUUAUGAGAAAAACUAAUACAGGAAAACUUUCAUUUGGGUCCCAGCUACUACCAGUCACCCAUGCCAGAGUUAGAGAGUAACAGGAAAGCAUUCAGGGAACAACUGAGUCAAGAUAGGCUAUGGAAGGCCUUGUUAGUAAGAUAAAAGGAAGCCAGACACAAGGCUUGGGAAAGUAACUUGCCUGGGCCACUGGAGAUGGGAAUCUUUCAGAAGUUACUAGGGCACUGCUUCUAAGGUACUUAGCCUUUCUCUCAAGGUAGGGAGUGGCAGGAUUUAGAGUUUUAAGAACAUUGGGCCUCAUUACCUCCUUACACAAGGAAAUUGAGCCCCCAGAAAAGGCUACUGACUAAUCAGAACUAGAGAGAAUUAAGUCCAAAGCUAGAGAUGAGCAGAAAGGUAAUUUCUAAAGUGGUUCCCCCUUUUUUAAGGAACAGCCUUUCAAAGGAUCUCAGAAUGUCAGAGCUGGAAGAGACCUUAGGGAUGAUGGAUCAUCAAGCCCAAUCCCUUUCUUCUUAGAGAGAGCAAAGGCCCCAGACAGGACAAGUGGCUUGUUCAAGAUCACACGGGGAGUCAGUGGCAGAACCCCCCUGCUUCAAAGACAACAAAUCCUUAGUAGCCAAGAUUGCAAACAGAAUUAGCCACAGUUCAGCUCUGAAAUUUUCAGGUUCCUCUGCCUUCUUAGGGCUGCAUCCUCCUUUCAGGUUGACCCUUCAGGAAUCUUGAAGAGCUGUGUCCUAGGGAAUGGACUCCAAGGUGCUUUCUAAAAAUAAGGCAGUUUGAGAAUUGCUGGGAAGUUCUGCCUGUCUUGUCUAGGUCUCCAGCCAGUUGGUCCAUAAAUGCCAACAUUAAAUCUUCAUCCCUUUGGAUUUUUCUGUCUUCUGAAACCAUCUCUUAAAAUCCAAAGCUCGGAAAAAGAGGAGAGAGGGUACCAAACACAAGCUUCCUCUCGGGUUCUUGGAUGGAGGUAUGCUAAUUCUGCUCAGGAGAGAUUGCUCUACUCUAUGUUCCUUCUGUUCAGGGGAGGAUAUUUCACUUUGUCUUUGAUAUCCCUCUUUGCUGAGACUAGAAUCCUAUCCAGAAGAGGAGCAGGUGGUACACCAGGAAACAGUGAUGGUGCACUUUGCUAGAAGCCAAGAGAAUUGAAUUCUGGUUCCAUCUGCCUCUGGUGAUCUGAGCCAACUUGGGCAAAGCAGUGAACCUCUCUCCAAGCCUUCCCAUUAGCUUAAGGUACCUCACCCAACAUCCUCUGGACAGCUCCUAGACUUUUUUUUUUUUUUUUUGCCUGUGACUCUUACCUGGGACAUGCCCCACCUCAGUCACUACCAGGAAAUACUUCUAACAAUGUGUAACUAGGCUUAAAGUCAGCUCAGAGCUAUGUAUCACAGAGUUGACUACAUGGGGAAGACUAUUUGGAAUUGAAAUAGGCUUAAUAAAUCCAUGCAGAAGAUUAUAAAACCUUGGGAGCCAUAAAUUCCUCUGCCUUCUUACCAAUUGCUCUAUCCAUUAGCCCUUUACCCAGUUAAUCACAAAUCACUCUUAAGCCCA